GUCAGAUGGACAGUGUGUAUCACAAUGUCAACCGAAUGAGUAUCUGAACGUAGAUCGUCGGAUCUGCUCUACCUGCUCAUCCGCCUGCCAUCCGAGACAGUUGACACGACAACCGGUUUGCACUGGUCCGGGGACUCAUCCAGGCCAAGGCGGAUGCAACAAAUGCGAGAUGGUUUUGUUACAGAGCUCGACGGUGAGCGCUGUCAAUUCAUUGGACAACCACCACAGCACUUCGACACCCCACUCGUGUUUGCGUGGGAGCCAGUGUCCGUCGCACUAUUACCUGACCACAGAACUGGUGAAACCGGGCACCAUAUACGCAAACGUCGCUGAAACAUUCACCACGGUGUUACCGGUCUGCCGUCCAUGUCACCAGUUGUGCAAUUCGUGUUCCUCAGCAAGCGUCGUUCGGGCGGGUCCGCACCAUCUCGGUUGCAUUACGUGCACUGCUGUGUGGUUUCGAGGCGCAUGUGUUGAGGAAUGUCCGUCAAAAGAUACCUACAGCAUAGUGGUGAGGCGGAUUCCAGUUUGGAAUGUUUCGUCUACCAACACAAGUGCUACCCAUUCCGAAUGGCCGAACACCACACGAGUUGCGCACCCGCACAGUGACGUAUCGCAGGUGUUUUUCACACGCCAAGUGUCCGGCCACUGUUUGGCCUGCGAUCCCAUGUGUCACACUGGUUGCUGGGGUCCAAAUCCGGGCCAGUGCAAGCAUUGUUUGCACUCCCGCGUCCAUUUGAGCAUUCUUCCUCAGUCUAUGCUGCGCUUCCGUCCCGAGUGGACGGAGCAACUGAACGAAGCAUCAUCCCAGCAGUCUUCCAACGUUCCCAUUCCUACACAUGCAGUUCAAGCGCGCUUCGUUUGCGUUUCCCGGUGCCCCGCUGAAUUACCAUUUGUGGUUCAAGACCCUACAACUGGGGACCACUUAUGCCACCACGAGACAGUUCUCUCGGCCAAACAUGUGGAACGGAUCAAAGAAGAGAACGCCUUGACCUUCGCUAUGUCCGGAAUCUCUCUCACCUCAUUUGACUUCAUGUCGACAUCGGACUCAACAACAGGGCACACAGGCAACAUCUUCAUGUGGUUAAUGCUUACCAGCGUUGCCACAAUUCUCUGCACCCUCAUCAUCUGCCUGUGGCGGGCACAUCAACGCAAGUGGAAGAGGUAUUACUGGAAGCGGACCUUUGAACCAAGCUCAGAUGGUGGUUUCCCAGGCGACUCGUACACCUGGAGUUGCAUCCAUGCAACAAAAUAUUCACUGAGCGCGUGUGGCGCUAACUCCGCGGCGCACCCCGGACGUAGAAGUGAAACUUUAGAGAUGGGGCUACUUUCGAAGGGGAAAGAAGCUCAGAAUCAUGGAGGCACUUUUGCAAAUCAGACUGCUUUGGACGGAACCCAGACCACUCGGUCUUCCAAGGCUCCAAAUCUCGGUCGACUUGUUAUGAUUCAAUCGGAUGAUCUCAUUCUUGACGAACAGUAUGGUCCCUUGGGGACUGGUGCAUUCGGCGCUGUAUAUCGAGGCGUUUGGAGAGUCGUCGAUCCUGAUGCAAUUGGUGACCAGUCCGCUGCUUCGACCGCUAUUGGCACACGUUCGGAUUCGAUGCAUUCAUCUGCGACUCUGUGGACAACAGCUCCGACCCCGAGCGAGGAUGAAAAAAGUGAUCGGCCGCUUCUGGUUUCCCCUACUUGUCCGUCGGCUGCGAACACACCAAAUUUUCGUCAGCCUCCAAGCUAUCGAAUGGUCCAUGUUGCGGUGAAGAUACUCAACGAAGUCCGUGGCUCAAGCGACCUCCAUGCGCUCCUGGACGAGGCCAAAGUAUGCACAAUUGCCGGCCUGAUUAGGCCCAAAUUAUUUGUGAGAUAA